AUGUCGUUACUAGAGCGAAUUCAGAGCAAAAAACAAUCACUUCGGCCGGUCGACGUUAAUAUCAUGCUUGAAAAUGGAAUGGAGGUGGUGGAAAGGCGAAGUUCAGAUGGAUCCUUUGUGCGAAUUGAAGAGCCACAAACGUCGAAUGGCUGCGCCGACGAAUCAACAAAUGCUCAGGUUUCGAAUCGACAGCGUAAAAAGAUUGAAUAUAAACGACGAUUGGGAUUUGUGGUCGACGAAAAGCCCGAUCUUCAGCUCGCGAGAAUCACAGACAAUAUCUUUCUAGGCAGCCAAGAUAUUGCAGCUGAACUCAAUCUUUUGAAAGCUGUCUCAAUUACACAUAUUAUUAACUGUGCGACGGGUGUCAAGAAUUCAUUUCCUAAACAUUUUGAAUAUCUCAACCUGGAGAUUCUGGAUCUGCCCGACUCAAAACUAGAAGAUUAUUCAGAGAAAGUUUUGGAGUUUCUCUCACGUGCAUUUGAAGCUAAAGGAAGGGUUUUUGUUCAUUGCAAUGCUGGAAUUUCUCGAGCUCCCUCAAUAGUGAUCAUGUAUUUGAUUCAUCAAGGCAUGCAGUUCAACGAAGCAUUUGCGCUGGUUAAGAGCAGACGGACAGGAGUCAGACCAAAUCCGGGUUUUCUUCAUCAGCUGCAAGAACUCAAAAAAUCG